AUGAGCUUCUCUGAAAUCGUCGUCGAGGGACUGCGAAUGAGUAAGAGCGUCAGAAAAAAACUAAACGGGCUUAUUCUAGCUACAUCGGCAACACGAACCGCGACUACGUUCGAAGAUUGGCUGCCGUUCGUCUGCACGUUCAACAUGUUACAGUCAGUAAGUGUUCACCUGAUGGAUGAACGACGUCAAUCUCGCCUCACGUAUGACGAUCGCCGUGGGUCGCGAUUAUCGCGUAGAGGCACGCUCGCUGACAUAGUUGUCAGCUCCCAUCAUCUUUGCCCACCACAAUGGUAUGGUGUCGGAUUCAUCGAAGACUAUCAGCCAUCAUUAACAACACCAACAGACAAUCCUAUUGGAUGGGCGAUGUUCAAUCCUUUGCCUAUUCGUGGACCCACGCAGAGGCCACGGAAUCGAACUAUAGGUAUGAGCACGUUGUUACUGAUUUAUUUCCCAACACAUCAUUAUUUGUCGUUAGAUGGUUCUGUAUGGGAAGGUGAGGAGCAGUGA